GUCGCCGCCUGGUAGAUCGCAACCGACUUGCCGCGAGCAGUGCCGUUUCGCUCGAUUGUUUCCAAUUGAACCCGCCGCCCGGACCGCGGCAUAUGUUAGUACGGCAGCGGGCAGACGGAGACCGUUUCUUGCCGCUCGCGAGGAUAACCUAACGGUUGACGACGCCCCCGUAGAGGGAAACACACCCAAAAAAAGCCGCUCACGAGGUCGCGUUUAUUUAUCUCGUGCCGACUCAGCGGAAUGCCGUCUCGUUAGGCUCCGGCGGUUGCACGGUGUCCGCAGUGCCAAGUUCGUAGGGACUACAGCGGUGUGUUUGCGUCCCGGCGUAUCGCCGGCUCUCUUGUUGUACCCCCACCCUGUCUUUAUUUCUUAGGUGAUAGAAAGGACAACAAGGUUCACGAGUGAGAAGUAAUCGAAGAAGAAUAAAGCGCCCAAGACUUUGAUUUAAUUUCACAGUGUUGCCGAUCGUCGCCGCAAAAAUAUCUCGCAGCUUUUCUUCCUUCUUUCUCUCGUCUAGGAAGGAACAAAUGGCAGCGUGAAUAACAUGCGCGAAAUAUGGACAGCAUAUGCGCAGCCUGGAGCUCGCGUUUUCGCGGCCGUAUAUUUCGCCAAGGCAGAUCAGGAUCAGAUACAACACUCAAGCCGAGGCGGGCGCCGAUUUUCUUGCGAUCGUACGCGCCAAGGACGUGCAGCUGCGGCGACUGAUACUGACAAACUGGGUGUUCGGCUACAAAUGGGGUAAUCGGGGAACGCUGCUCUGUGCCUUGGCAAACUUUCUACGCGGUCAGCGCAGUCUGGAGAUCCUGAGCCUAUUAAACGCAGACUUCGGCGUGGCAGACGUGUUGCGACUGCUGGGGACAGUUGUCAAAGGAUCUGGUGAACAUCUAGUCUCCCUGGAUCUCCGCGGUGCUUUCAGAGAAUGGCAAGCCCCUCACGACAACCCAAGAUACUUGCGUCUGCUAGGUCGUUUUCAUGCGCUAACUUUGUUAAAGUUGGACUAUCCGGCUUUAUCAAACCACGCUCUCGACGCUCUUGCAAAUGGAGCAUCAAAAACGCUAAAGUAUCUAUACAUAUCCGUAAGAGACUCGGACUCUAGGCAGCACAUGGUAGCGGACGCUGCCUGGCGCAACUUGGUGUUAGCUUGCCCCGAUUUGACAGUGUCCUAUACUAUAGUGAACAUCUCACAUUACGAGGAUAUGUACUACCUGCUAUUGCCUAGUGUCCCCCUUGCUAAGUUCCACAUGUUCAGCGGGCAUGUAUGGGAUCAGAGCAGGUCACGGAAUUUCAGAAACACGAUCGGUUUGAUAAUUAAUCAAUACACGAAUACAUUAGUUGAAGUUAUGCUGCAGCUUAGGAACAAUCGCGAAUCGCUCGACGAUUUAUUGGUGUCCAUGUUGAUACGUUGCAAGCGCUUGACAAGAUUGCAGUAUGACGGAAUAAUAAGAAGUCUCGAAACUUUACUCGAAAUAUGUCAGCUUCAAGCCGAACGCAAAACCCAUUUCAGGACAAUACAUGUAAAACCUCGGAAUAUCAAUACUCAAAAUCGUGCUAUACUGCACGAUAUUAAUUAUCGAUACGAUCGCAAAAUGCACGAACAAGGAGUCGACUUUCGAAUUGAAGAUCCCACCUCGAUCCUAUUCUUCUAUUGAAGAUCUUGUUUUCGUCAAUAAUUUUGAAUGUUUUUGAUUUGGCAAAAAAAAUUAUAUCUAUUUUGAUGUUGAUGUUUUAUAAUGUCAUAGAACAUGCCUUCUUUUUUUAUCAAAUAACAUAAUAAUUAAAAUAAUGAUAAAAAGACAAUUUUUUUAAUUGUCCAAGAAUGAAGAAAAAUGUGAUUGCACUAUAAGAGCAACAAGCACUAUAAUGUAUAAAAAUAUAAAAAUAUAAAAACUGAUUAACAAUCAAUUUUUAUUCAAGUUUUAAAUAACUGAUAUAUGUGCAUGUUUGGACAUAAUAGUGCAUAUUAUAAAGUUUAUUAUUUAUUUAAUAUAUAAAAGCUUUCGAUUUAUAUACAUAAAAUAAUUAAAUUGUAUUUUUUCCCUUUAUUUUCUUACAUUAUCCACAAGGAAUAAAUAGUAAUCUAAAAUGGCAGUGCUUGUUUAUAGAAAAAUGUAUAUACAUCAAAAUAACGUAUUAACUAUGCAACUAUACCUACUUUAUAAAACGAAUACUAAUACCUGUAUGUUCUCAUAUAACGAAUAACAUUAUACAAUAUCACAAUCAAAAAUAUUUUUAUAAAUAUUAAAAAUGUAAUAAAACUACAAUUUUAAGUUGGGUUGAAAAUG